CUUACUCACUAUUUCGGGGAGUGUGAGAGUGUGAGGGAUGCAAGGCCCCUACCAACAUAGUUGAGUGCAUGUCUUACAGCCUUGUCAUCCUGUUUGAUCAAACCCCGCCCGUGAAUAAUGUAAGCUAGACCAGGAUCUCACUUUCUCCCCUUCCUUCUCUCUUGCUUCUCCUGCAUCUCCUGCAUCUCCUGCAUUCUCCUGUUCUUCCUUUCACCCCACCAACGUAGCCCAACCUGUCAGUCACCAGUCAUGUCUGUUCACGUCUUGUCGCAACUUCCACUUCUGCAGGCGACUGUAGCCUCGGACUGCCAAAUACUUCAAGAUCCUCAGAGUUCGACAUUUCAAGACCAUCUCAGACGCUGGACCGAUAUUGAUCGCCAGGUGCCAACAGCCAUCAUCCUGCCCCGCACCGAAGCAGACUGCCUCAAGACCGUUCAAUGGGCUUUGCAACACUCCAUUCCGCUCGUACCCUCCAGUGGGGGCCACAGUGCCUGGUCUACGAUCGGGGAGGGUGGUGUCAUUAUUGACCUCAGGAACUACACAGAUAUCACGGUGAACAAGGAAACAAAGACAGCCACCUUAGUCGGUGGUGUGCUGUCCAAGCAGGUCGGUGUCCGCCUCGCCGAAGCAGGACUCUUCACUGCACUGGGCAAUGGCAACACGGUCGGCGCGAUCCCCUACUUCCUCGGCGGCGGCGCCUCCAUCACCACCUCAAUCACCGGGUUCGGGUCAGAUCAGAUCGUCGCGGCGCGAGUUAUCACCGCCAAGAACGGCGGCACGCUGGUGGAGGUGACAGAGCAGGACCAUCCGGAGCUGCUGUGGGCGCUGCGCGGCGCAGGCCAGUUCUUCGGCCUCGUCACACAGCUCACCGUCCGCGCCCAUCCGCUCACCCUCCUCCGCCGGCAGCAGGGGUUGAUCUGGGUCGGGACGUUUGUCUUCCCGCUGGAGCGCACGACGGAGGUCGCCCGCGUCAUGAAGCUGCUCAUGGCGGACGCACGACAUGCGACCGCGGGUCUGAUGAUGAUCGUGGCGCCGCCGCCCCAGCGCAACCCCGCGCUCGUUAUCUCAGCGCGAUACACGGGCGACGAAGACCCGCACGUCCCCUUUGGCCCGCUGUACGACCUCCAGCCGCUGCUGGCGACGGGGAGCGAGGUGCCCGUGCAGAACGCGAGCGACGCGCGCGAGGUGCUGUGCGCCAAGGGUGACUUCAAGCAGUUCGGCGUGGUCGGGCUGCAUGAUUUCGACGCGGAUGCGUUUGUGCGCACGGUGGACAUCUGGAAGAAGAUGAUAGCCGAAUGCCCUGACGCGAUCAAUACGGGCUUCAACUUCCAGUGGGAUUCCAGACCCCCCUUCGCGCCCGAGGCAGAUUCGGCUAUGUGCUUGCAUGAUAUCCGCUAUUGGCAGAACAACCUGAUCUGGCAUACAGACAAGGCCAACCGGAACAAAGUGGAUGGCUAUAAUGCCGAGUGCAUAGCCAUCAUGCGGGGACCAGACGAGUCGCGCUUCAGGGACUUCCAGAAUGGAACACGCACAGGGCUGAUCGAGCGACGCUAUCAGGGGACAGCUCGACUGGAGAAAUUGCGGAGAUUGAAGCGCGAGUGGGAUCCGCAAGGGGUGUUUACGACACAGCUCCUCGAUUGAGCCUGGCACGUGUAGGAGAGUAGUGAACCUGAAUCAAUAAUCUCACCACUUGUUCUAGCUGUGUGC